UUAUCAAUGGCUCGUGUCCUUUCCCUGAUCCGGUCAAAACCUUUCCAGGCCCUCGUGGGUAAGCAAAAGUCUGCAAUGUGCACAAUGUCAAUGGACUCCCGGGCACGGGAAAUCUUUGCAGCAGCAGUGGACGCUGUGCAGCCGGACACCGUGGUCCGGCAGAGCAUAGAACGCAAGGACGACUCAAUCGUCAUCGAUGGUCGCAAGUUCACACUUAAACACAACCUGCAUGUGGUUGGCUUUGGAAAGGCUGUUCUAGGAAUGGCUGCUGAGGUAGAGAGGAUUAUGGGUGAUCAUUUAGUGAGAGGAGUCAUAAGUGUGCCUCAUGGGAUUCAGCAGUCAUUGCAGCAGCAUGGAAAAGGCCAUCUGUUGCUAAAGGAAGACAGCCAAAUUAAAGUAAUGGAGGGAGCCAAACACAACUUACCUGAUGAUGAUGCCCAGAGGGCCGCUGAGGGGAUCAAGCAGUUAGCCAGUAAACUCACAGAAGAAGACUUGCUCCUUGUGCUGAUCUCGGGUGGAGGCUCCGCCCUAUUACCAGCACCAGUUCCACCAAUCUCAUUGCAAGAGAAGCUAGAUGUUACUCGCAAACUCGCGGGUGCUGGUGCCACAAUUCAGGAGCUGAACACCGUACGUCGAGCCCUGUCUUUGUUGAAGGGGGGAGGACUCGCACGUCACGCUCACCCUGCGCAGGUGAUUGCACUGAUUCUGUCCGAUGUAAUUGGGGACCCACUUGACUUGAUAGCUAGUGGGCCUACAGUGAAGAGUGAGAUGUGGCCCGAAGAGAUUUUGUCCAUCCUUGAACGUUACAAGGUCCUGAACUCCCUGCCAGCUUCAGUAAAGGACAUCCUAUCGAUACAGAAUCCUCGGUGGCAAGACAAUAAGGAUGAAUCCAGUGUAUCGGAACACGUUCACAAUGUCGUAAUUGGCUCUAACAGCGUUGCUCUCCAGUGUGCGGGCCGCCGCGCUCGAGAAUUGGGUUUCCGUCCUGUCGUCCUCUCACCAGGAGUGUGUGGCGACGUUAGGUCCGUGUCCAGGCUUUAUGGUCUGCUGGCUCGUUUUGGCUGCUCUACAGAGGAACCUUCUCCUGAGAUUGCCGCCGAAGUGCUGCGACUUGGGCCGGAGGUAGGCGUGGAGAGUUGGGACCUGUGCCGCACCAUGCAGGUAUUGGAGGAGGGCCGUACAGAGGGAUGGGGGGCCACGUGUCUGCUGGCUGGAGGGGAACCCACUGUGGAGCUGACGGGCAAAGGCCGAGGUGGUCGAAACCAGGAGCUGGCUCUGCGAGUGGCACUGGAGUUCAAAGGCAUGAAACUCCCCCCUAACGGCCCUGCUUUCCUCAGCGGGGGCACUGAUGGUCAAGAUGGACCCACUGAGGCAGCAGGGGCCAUCACUGAUGGGGGGUUGCAUGAUGAAGCCCAAGCACACGGGCUGGACGUUGAUAACUUUCUCAUCAAUAAUGAUUCCUACACAUUUUUCUCUCGUCUGUCUGCUGGACGGCAUUUACUGGCACCUGGCUUAACCUGCACGAAUGUCAUGGAUGUACAUAUGCUACUUAUUCCUGCAAUUCCUAUUGUAAUAAGAUAA